UUUGGCUCAAGCCAGUUUGGCUCAUGUGAUGGAGUUUGCGUGAUCGUUUCGGCCUAUCGGAAGCCAAUAUUGUUUGCUAUGCUCAUGGUUGCGUGUGCGCGCCAUUAUUUCCACAUGUUGUUUUGUCUUGCCGUCGUUCGAGACCGGGAGCAGCGGCUCCAUUGGUGUUGUUGUUUUUGUUGAUUCAGUAACGUUCUCUGGUGCCGAGUACUGGUAAUGAUGAUCCAGCCAUGUGUCUUCACAAUCAGGAGAGCCGCACUGAGCUGUGCCCAUCGUUGGCCCUACUAUCGAAAGGACGCUCCAUGUGGUGGAGGGCAGCUCUCGUCCCUGUUCUGUUCGCUCGUCAGCUCUUGGAGGGGGCCACCGAGCGGACCUACAUUCAGCGAGGCUCUCGAGGCUCUUGCGGCGUAUCGCACACAGGCCGAAGCAGGUCCUCUGGCGCGGCACUAUACCUACGCGUUGCGCGGGUCGCAGACAGGACUUUGGUACAUUGGUUCCAGGACGUGUCCGAAUUCCGUUUCUUCGCCAGAAGCGGACACGAGGUACAUGGGUUCUUCAAGUGAUUCGCAAUUCAAGCAAGAGCGAAUGCACAAGCUUAUAUUGACGAAGCAUGACACGCGCGCUGACGCUAUUGAGGCGGAGUGCUUCUUCCAUGCUUUUUACAAUGUGGCCGCAAAUUGCGCGUUUGCCAACCGGGCACGGCAGACCUCAAUUGGAUUUAAUCGUCAAGGGGUGCAGCUCAGUGAAGGCACAAAACGAAAGAUGAGCGAGAGCAAGCGAGGAAGGACCCACAGCGAGGAGACGAAGAACAAGAUGCGAGGAAGGACUGUCAGCGAGGAGACGAAGCGAAAGAUGAGUGAGGCGAAGCGUGGUGACCGAAAUCCUUUCUUCGGAAGGUGCCACAGUGAGGAGGCAAGGAAAAAGAUGAGCGAGACCCUGCGAGGAAGGAUUUUCAGCGAGGAGGCGAAGCGAAGGAUGAGUGAGGCUAAGCGUGGUGACCGACAUCCUCUCUUUGGAAGGAGCCACAGUGAGGAGACAAGGAGAAAGAUGAGCGAGAGCCAGCGAGGAAGGACCCACAGCGAGGAGACGAAGAAAAAGAUGCGGGGAAGGACUGUCAGCGAGGAGGCGAAGCGAAAGAUGAGUGAGGCUAGGCGUGGUGACCGAAAUCCUUUCUUUGGAAAGAGCCACAGUGAGGAGACGAAGAAACAGAUAAGCAAGACCCUGCGAGGAAGGACCCUCAGCGAGGAGACGAAGAAAAAGAUCAGCGAGACCCUGCGAAGAAGGACGUUCAGCGAGGAGACGAAGCAAACUAUGCGAGGAAGGACGUUCAGCGAGGAGACGAAGCGAAAGAUGAGUGAGGCUAAGAGUGGUGACCGACAUCCUUUGUUUGGAAGGAGCCACAGUGAGGAGACGAAGCAACAUAUAAGCAAGACUUUGCGAGGAAGGACCCGCAGCGAGGAAGAAACAAAAAUCAGCGAGACCCUGCGAGGAAGGACGUUCAGCGAGGAGACGAAGCGACAUAUGAAUGAGGCUAAGAGUGGUGACCGACAUCCUUUCUCUGGAAAGAGCCACAGUGAGGAGAAAAGGGAAACUAUGAGCGAGAGCAAGCGAGGAAGGACCCGUAGCGAGGAGACGAAGAAAAAGAUCAGCGAGAGCCUGCGAGGAAGGACGUUCAGCGAGGAGACGAAGCGAAAUAUGAGUGAGGCUAAGCGUGGUGGCCGACAUCUUCUCUCUGGAAGAGCCACAGUGAGGAGACAAAGAAAACAUGAACGAGACCCUGCGAGGAAGGACGUUCAGCGAGGAGGCGAAGCGAAAGAUGAGCGAGGCUAAGAAUUGUGGCCGACAUCUUAUCCUUAGAAAGAGCCACAGGGAGGAGACAAAGUGAAAGAUGAAUGAGACCCAGCGAGGAAGGGCCCUCAGCGAGGAGACGAAAAAUAAUGUGCGAGGAAGGACUUUCAGCGAUGAGACGAAGCAGCAGAUGAGUGCGACCCGACGAGGGGGUCUCCAUAGAAGGUGACGAAGCGAAAGUUGUGCGGGGCUAAGCGUGAUGAUCGACAUCUUCUCUUCGGAACGAGCCGCAGCGAGGAGACGAGUGCAAGCAUGAGGGGUGCCCAGCGAGGAAAGACCCUCAGCGAGGAGACGCUGCAGACUAUGAUUGAGGCUAGGCGUGGGGGCCGGAGUCAUUUCUUUGGAAGGCGCCCCACCUGAAGAGUCAAAGGCAAUUAUACGCGAGGCCUGGCGAGGAAAGACAUCAACCAGGAGACGAAGCAAAGUAUAAGCGAGGCUCUGCGUGAGGACUGGGACCCUUUCUUUCGGAAGGCACCACACUGAGGAGACAAAGCAAGAUAUCCGUGAGGCUCGACGAUGCCGUCUCCACAGCGAGCAGGCGAAGCAAGAGACGGGCGCGGAGAAGCGUGGUCACCGACCCCCCCCUUUCAGGGCAGCUCCGCGCCGAUGGGGCGUGCGGGCAGCAGCUCGGAUGAGACGAAGCAGCACGUCCAAGCCCGGCUUCGCGCGGGAGCCGACGCAGCGGCCGAUGGAGUGAGCCCGCGCGCGGGGGCGGCGCCCUCUCCUCUCCGAGGGCGGGGCGCGCGGGAGGCGGGGCGAAAGAGAUGCGAGCGGGGCCGCGCGAGGCGCGAUCGGCGGCCCCCGCCUCGGGGGCCCGCCGCGCCGCGGACGCCGAGGGCCCUGCUGCAUC